ACGCUGUGUACCUUUCCGGGUGCCCGGGUAGCUCCUGCUAGAAUACCUGUCUGGUGCUCGUCGCUGCCUCAAGACUACCUCACACUCCCCACCUGGGGGCGCCAGCACGGCAAGCUGACUACGCAGACUCUGCCUUUUCCGUGUUUCCAUGGCCAGAGACAUGACCUGACGCCUUGAUGAGCAGUCUCAGGGCCCUUGGGUGACUGGCUGGGGCACCAUGGAGCUUAAAGUAUGGGUGGACGGAGUUCAGAGGAUUGUUUGUGGGGUCACCGAAGUCACAACUUGCCAGGAGGUUGUCAUAGCCUUAGCUCAAGCGAUAGGUCGAACCGGAAGGUACACACUUAUAGAAAAAUGGAGAGAUACUGAGAGACACUUAGCACCUCAUGAAAAUCCUAUCAUAUCCCUAAACAAGUGGGGGCAGUAUGCCAGUGACGUGCAGCUGAUCUUACGCCGAACGGGGCCUUCGCUCAGUGAGCGGCCCACAUCAGACAGUGUGGCUCGGAUUCCGGAAAGAACUUUAUACAGGCAGAGUUUGCCCCCCUUAGCCAAGCUGAGGCCUCAGAUUGACAAAACAAUCAAAAGAAGAGAACCUAAAAGGAAAUCACUAACAUUUACAGGAGGCGCCAAAGGAUUAAUGGACAUUUUCGGAAAAGGUAAAGAAACGGAAUUUAAGCAGAAGGUGCUGAAUAACUGCAAAACAACAGCAGAUGAGUUAAAGAAGCUGAUCCGUUUGCAGACAGAGAAGCUCCAAUCCAUCGAGAAAGAGCUAGAAUCAAACGAAAUAGAAAUACGAUUUUGGGAGCAGAAGUAUAACUCUAACCUUGAAGAGGAAAUUGUCCGUCUGGAGCAAAAGAUCAAAAGAAACGACGUAGAAAUUGAGGAGGAAGAAUUUUGGGAAAAUGAACUACAGAUUGAGCAGGAAAAUGAAAAACAGCUGAAAGAUCAACUUCAAGAAAUAAGACAGAAAAUAACAGAAUGUGAGAGCAAAUUGAAGGACUAUUUGGCUCAAAUCCAGACUAUGGAAAGCGGUCUUGAGGCAGAAAAAUUGCAGCGGGAGGUGGAAGAGGCACAAGUUAACGAAGAAGAGGUUAAAGGGAAGAUCGGAAAAGUCAGAGGGGAAAUUGACAUUCAAGGCCAGCAGAGUCUGAGGCUGGAAAACGGCAUUAAAGCUGUGGAAAGAUCUCUGGGACAGGCCACCAAGCGAUUACAGGACAAAGAACAAGAGUUGGAGCAGCUGACUAAGGAGCUGCGGCAAGUCAACCUGCAGCAGUUCAUCCAGCAGACGGGGACGAAAGUCACCGUCUUGCCUGCGGAGCCCACCGAGGUGGAGGCCUCGCAUGUAGACGUAGAAAGGGAGGCACCAUUCCAGUCUGGGUCCCUAAAGCGGCCUGGCUCCUCGCGGCAGCUCCCCAGUAAUCUUCGCAUUCUGCAGAACCCCGUCUCGUCUGGUUUUAAUCCUGAAGGCAUUUAUGUAUAACAUUAUCUGUCUUCAGGGGAGAGACCCAGUAAAGGUACCAAGGACACUAAAACUUCCUUCUUUGAUUUGUGCCAAUGAUGAACAGAGGAUAUAUUUCACAAGCCACCGUAUCUUUUUUCUGUCCUAAACCGCAUACCACUUGGAGCCAUACCCUGUGCACUGAUGCUAAAGAACAAAGAAACUGUGUUUUCGCACAUCAACAGUGUUGACGUUUUUGUCCAGCAGCUGUAAUGCAAAGCCUUCAUUUUUAUUUGUAGCAUUCUGAGAGCAUUAGGGAAGUAUUAUGCUGUGUGUAUACAUAAAUAAAACCGUGACUUAAGAGUGACGAGAAAUAUGUGACUGGCUUAGUUUAUUUAUUCCAUGUAAUCAAUUAAUGAGUGAAUGUUGAUGUUUUAAUAUUUGUUAUUAAUGCUUAUCCUGUGACUGAAGUACAUUACACAGUGUGUGACUGUGACCUUGUAUGCAUGUGGCCAGACUCCAUACGCGGCGCUAGUGAGGGUCAGAGAUGCUCCGCCGUCGGAAUUAACCCCAGAAGAACUGGCUCGCACUUGUAUCAUGAACCCGUCCUAACCAUGGCUCACGUAGCUGAAAUAAUUCAGCUUUUCUUUGUAGUCUGGAGUUCAGUCUUUUCUUUACAAUAUUUCCAGUGUAUGAAGGACCACAUACAAGAACAGAAGUGUUUUCAUGAGGUAAAUUACACGUUUAAAAGGUUUGCAGUGCUUCGGACACUGUUGAACAAAAAUGUAAUUGUUGAAUAUCUAUCUGAACAGGCAUGGGGUUUCUGACACAUUAUGUGUUUUGUUUCUGCCCUGCCUUAUUAUUUUAAUCUGGUGGGUCCUCAGAGUUGCCAUAAUACAUAAAUUAGAUGUCUGAGGGUAUCUUCAGGAAGGUUGCCAAUUUUUAAAAAUAACCCACUUUAUAUGCACGGUCUGUUGGUGUGAGCACCAUGGAUAAGUCAUUGCUGGCACAUCGUUUACUGUGCACACUGUGGACUAUUGUUUCUCCAAUCACUUAAAUAGAAAGUAGAUUGGAGUUAGGUACUUUUUACCAAGAAAAUAAAUUCAGUGUUUGUUUUCAUUAAUUUUCAGCUCAACUUUUUACAGGACAUUAAUCUCCACUUGUACAUAUAUUAUAAAACCAAAAAUGAGUCCACACCCCUCCCAUGAGUACUGACUUAACUGAGAUUCACAAGACUGUCUGGAUGGAUGUGGUCAGAUACUUCUUAGCCAUUUUUACAUUCCCUCUGAUCAAAAUUUGGUACUAUAUAAUUAAGACUUUAAUCUGAAAUUUAAAGUAGUUUUUAAUUCUGCAGGAAACACAUUGUAUUAUUUACAUGCAACAAAGUAAAAAUGGAUUAGUCUAUUGAUGCCAUGGUAACAAUAAAAAGAUGUAAGUUAUAUCGUAUGCAUGAGGGCAACUUUGGAUGUCUUAAAUACAUUUGACUUAUUUUUGGUUUAAUGAAUGCUGAGAAUGCUGCUAUAUUUAGGUUUCCAAUGAAAAAUUUUAAGAAUGGCUAUGAAAAUAUAUAGAAGCUUCUAGAGAACUGAAAGUAAUAAUGCAGAGUUGCCUUUUCUAGUCCAGCUAAAUGGCAGACUUCAACUAAACAUAUUUUCUUUGGGUUCCUGGAGUUACCAAGUUGACCUUGCCAUUAUACUGUUUUGCAAAUAACUUGAGAAAUAAAUGAUUCUUACCUAGUAACCACAACCUAUACACAUUUGCUGUCAAUUUAUAAUAAUUAUUUCGUAUCUACAUGUAUUUAAAAAUUCGGAGAAUUAAAAAAUCAAAAUAAUUUGUAGAUUUUGUGACAAUGAUGGUCUGUGUAUGCCCAAUAUAUGCCUUAUUUUUAAAGGGUUCCAUUCUAUACUGGGUCAUUUUGUUACUGUUGUUCAGAGAAAUUGAGAUCUUAUUCACAAAGAAAAACAUUUUUAUAGAUGGAUCACAUUCUAUUUAAAUCAAAAUGUUAAACUGAAGACAUAUUAAACUUCGCAAUUUUUAAUUGCAAAGAUGCCUUGGCAUGCCAUAAAAAAACACAAAGUCAGUAUCCAACUUAAUUGUUGUAAAUUAUUGUCAGCAUUAACCUAAUAACUUUACAGAAGGACGGGCAGGAUUCUGACAACUUUGUUUGAAUUUUCAAGCUGCCAGAUAAUCUUCACAGACCUCAUUGCAGACAGAAAUACUGUUUCUAGAUGAGAGGAGUAUAUAAACGUGAAUUUGAUUACUGCAAUGAGCAGUUGUACUUUUUAAUCAAUUCUAUUACUUCUGGAAGCACAUCUCUAAGAAAUCUUUUCUAAGUCUUUUUCUAAAAUAAAGAAGACUCAUUUCCCUAGAACAUCUUAAAAAUAUCUUAGUCUAUUUCUGAUCAUUUUUAUCUAUUGUGAACACAAGUGAGUUAGGUUAAGGGCCACACCUUUGGAUACAUUUCAGAGGGGGAAGUGGGCAAUGGUCUACCAAAAUAUCAAAUAGAAAAUUUUGCAUCUGGGGAAAUAUUUGGAUUCUAAAUACUAAAUUCGAUUUCAAGGUUUUUUUUUUAACUGUUACUACACUGCAAGUUGUUUUACUGUGAUUUUCUACAAGUAUUAAAUACAUUAGAAGAUAUUGUUUUCUUACCAAGGAAUAAUGAGAAAUAGCAUAGGUAAACUGACCCUUCUGAGUGUUUGUCAUCCUCAGAGAAUGAUACAUGGUGAGUUGCCUCUGUUCUUUUGUUGUUCUAAUGGGAUAUUUUGGUUUGUUAGCUUUUAGGUUUUUUUCCCUAAUGCACAGGGAAUUUAUAUGUGAGACUUUGGUUGGUGUUAAUAGGAGUUAACCCAUUUAAUUCCUUCAGCCAUAACUGAGAUAGUCAUCAGUUUCUAUAGUUCAAAUUAAUCAUAAACUAGUGCUCAAAUAAGACUAAUAGAGUAACAAUACAGAACUUACGAAGUGAAAUGUGAAUUUUAACAGUGUUUAAGAAGAACGAAUAAGCAUUUGCUUCCAGAACAUAAAUGCAUUUUGUACCUGCGUUAAAAGAAAACUUUCUUUGUGAAUAAGAGCAAAGUGGCCUUUAGAGAAGAGAAACUGCAUUUAAAACCAUUUCUGGGAACAUCUUUCCAAGUUAGAACUAUAAUAAUGGAUUUGAGGAAAUAAUAUAGAAAAGGCAGAAGCUCUUGAUUUCAGGUGUGCAAAGGGCAUGGUCAGAUGGACGGUUCCCUGUGUGAAUUGCCUUUGAAAUAUUGGGCCUUAAUUUAUAUGUAAAUAACAGUGCUGUCUUCACAUCCCUCCUCUGCCUAACGCUGUCUUUAUUAGUCUGUAUUGUAUUCAAAUUCAGCUCAUGAGUAUUACUUUUAUAUUAUGUCAGGUUUUUUUUUCAGUUGCAUGUUUAUACUAUUUGCUACAGUAUUUUUAAGUUUUGGGUGAAGGCCAUCAGCUGUACGGAGGAGACAAAACAAUCACUAUUUAUUCAGUGUUGCUGCUUGACAUUUCCAGAAUAAGCUUUCGAUGCCAGGACCGUGACUGCUUGAAAGCUGCAGGAGCUCUAUUCCAAUGCAUUUUAUAUAUUUUUAGAAACCAAAUAAAUGCAGAUAACUAUUUAGUAUACUGAUUAUAUUAAACCAGCAGAAAUAUAAAGGCAAUAAAGUAUAUACAUAUAUAUAUAUAUGGGGGGAGGGGAAAGAGUAAAAAAAAUAGGUUUACAGCCAGACAUGGUGAUAGCCCUAAAUAUAUUUCUCAAUCUAUCUUUCUUUAUUGACCCGAAAAGGAUUUGAGUUGCUGCAGCUUUAAACAGAAAAUUGCCACGUUCACUAGUUGUGGACACAUAAAUAUGCUUUUAGUACUGCUUUGCUUAUGUACAAAUAAAAUAUCUGUAAUCUGUAUCAUAUGUAAUUAUUCUUUGCUUUUGACUUUCAUUUCACAAUGUGUAUUUUCUGAUUAUUAUCAAGAGCUGUAAAACAAAGGAUCAAUAUCUGAUAUUCUCCCAAAUAAUAAAUUUUCAGGAUUCACUGGGGCAUUACAA